UAUCAUACGGCAUCACUAGAUUCAUUGGGGAUGCUAGUGCAAGAUGUCAGAUUGUAAUUUUCAUGAAAAAGCGGUACGUACGAAAGUGCUUCAAACACAGUAACCGGCUGCGUAAAAGCUUUCAUUCCGUUAAUAAUCAAUUGAAGCAAUUUACAGCUAAAAUAGGAUCCUCUCAGAAGUGUGAUGACCUAGAGUUGCGCGCUCUACUUGUUUGUGAGUUUUGGCGUGACAGGUGCGUGGUGUUCUCUAAAAUGGGCGAUUGGGAUGAUGAAGAGGAAAAUGAUCUGGUGGCCAAGCAGUUAAAGGCAUCUUGGGAUGAUGACGAUGAUGAUGCUGUGCCGGAUUCUUGGGAUGCAGAACCAUCUAACCAAUCAGCGUCAUCAAAACCUGCCGCUCCAGCGCCAGCUAAAUUAUCUCUAACUGAGCGCAGAAAACUGAAAGACGAACAAAAGCGAAAAGAUAGGGAGGAGAGAUUACGAAAAGAAGAGGAGCUUAAAAAAUUACAGCCUGCAACGGAACUUCAACGGGAGAAACUUGCUGAGGAGGCUGAACUAGGCUUAUUAACAGACACAUUUGGACCUACCAUUGUUCAAAGUAGUGAUAAAGAAACUAUUGAUUCCUGUUGUCCGAAAACUAAGGAGGAAUUCAAUCGUUUACAUGAGCUGCUUUUGGCAAAAAUCACAACUAUACAGAAAUCUCCUCAUUACACGGCAUUCGCAGAAAGUCUUAUCCGUGAUCUUGUUAUCGAAAUGGAAGUCGACAACCUCCGAACAGUGAAUACGGUCAUAAAUGCAUUGAUAAGUGAAAAACAGAAGCUCAUAAAGGUAGGUUUUUCAAUAAUAUUAAUGCGAAAUAUUAUAUUUGCAUGCUUCUACUCAAAUCUUAUCUGAAAUAUUUGUGUUUACGAUACCUGUCUAAGCGCUAAAUAACUUGAGAUGCAAGGAAUUUUAUAGGAGUGUGACAAUUGCAUUCCAACUUAUGGGUUUAAGUUCCACUUCACUUAGUAGGCUUUACGCGACUGGCUAGUAUCACUAAACUCACACAUAUGAUUUGUUGCCUAGUGAACAGGCCUUUACAUAGUGGUAGCUAAGCGACAUUUUCGACAAAUAGUUUGCUAGCUAUUUCUUCCAAUAAAGAUGUCCUCUUGAACUAUGCAUUCAUCUUAUAAGCAGUGGACCCAGGGUUCAAAUUUCACUUCACCUACUUCCGUUUAGACAACCGGGUAGUAUCGUUACACAUCACGCACUAGGUGGAACUCUACUCAGCAUAUAAACCAGUUAUAGGUUGCCGAAUCACCUUACUGUUUGGAAUAUUUUUUAUUCAUACUGUACUGAGUUUAUAUUUUGAACACGUGGUAAAUUUUUUUCCUAAAGAUAAGGAUGUGAAUAUCGUUCCGACAGUACUGACCUUUAAGAUCAGAGGUAUGCACAAAUAUUGAAAUAAUUAGUGCCUAGUAAAAUGAACUUAUGAAACAAAGGAUCAAAACUUUUUGAAGAAACAUAUAGUGAUGUUGUCUGUAUCAGAAUUGGUUUUUAUACUUCAUUCCAUCUUUUUUAAAAGAGCCUGAUAUCAGUUUCUUACCUAAUCUGCCUACGUUGUAAUAAACGGUAUACCAAUAAUGUAAUUUAUUCCUUCAUUGGGCUUUAGGGGACUUUAUUGUUACUGAAUGAGUUACUAGGAUUAAACAGCACCAAAUGAGAUAGAUUGGUGAACUUUCGGCGUAUAUUUCUAGUAGUUUAGAUAUAUUUCUUGAUAAAAGAAACAAUUGCUGUAGCUGUGAAAAGUGAUAAACAGGUAACAAAUGUAUGAUAGUAGGUGUUAGAUAAUUCGUGCAUUCCAGUUAAUGAUCCACAUUCUGAACUUGUAGUUUUCCAUUGUUAUUAUUAUUAUUGUUGUUGUUAUUACUAUUAUUAUUACUGUUGAUUAGUGUUAUUAUUGCGACCACAUAUUUAAUUUCCAUGUGACGUGAUGUUGAUUUUUGUUUGUUGCUGCUUAAGUUUUGCAGGCAUUUCAAUUCCAUCAGUGCAUCUUACUUGGAUCAGAAAAUCAUGAACUGCAGAAGUGACUGAAGUUACUAAACAAAUAGAAACAGUAUUUGUAUUGGACUUGAUCAAAAUAAUAGUUGCCACCCGUUUUGGGUAGUCCAGAGGUUAUUUGAAAAUCUCAUACAAAGUCAAGUAAUACAUUCAAGAAUUGAUUCCUCAUACUCGUAAAUUCUUGAUAGUUUAAAAAUCAGAAAUAUGAACGCGAAAUGAUGGGUCACCAUUUGCAUUCAAUAUAUUUUGGUCUAAACAGUGAAACAGCUUCCACACAUUCGUUUGCAAGAUGAAGUUUCUCCCCUAGAACAUGAGGAGAAGAGAGUACCUAGACCAUUACGCUACAGUUUCACCCUCUAGAACAUUGACUCUUGUCGGUAACUCUAACCUCUUACAGUUUGAGUUUUACCACAGGCUAUGCAUGUAAUCAGGCAACCUAUUGCAUCUAGGUAAAUAAGUAAUUCGAAUCCAUGUACAAUAGUUACGGUUUGUUCGAAACCUUGAGAACACUAGCUGCGUUGAAUAUCGUAAUGUUCAUGGUAAAAUAAUAAUUAAUCUGUGAUUAAAUCAUCUUUUUGUCUUUUGCCACUACAGAGUAAAACAAAGAAGAAAACCAAAGGCAAACUAUUGGUCGAAAGAGAAAAUGAUUAUAACUAUGGUGGUGAAGAUGAUGCUGCAGUGGAUGAAUAUGAUGAUUUUAUGUGAAGUCAGAUAAUUGCACAUUCUUAUUUUAAAAGUGGUUUUCUUUUUAAGUGGUAAGCAUCAUUGCUACCACCUAUUGCUCUCCUUCCUCUACAUAUUAACUUUUCUUAGAAAUAUGUGACAGCUCUCCUUAUUACUGUGAUGUGUAGUGAGUGUGAAUAUGUUAUGUUGUCACAAAUUCCUCAGCAUACCCUGUUACAGAUGAUUUCUAAGAAAAAUAAAGCGGAGUGGGCUUGUCCGAUAUUCGAGUUAGUGCGUCGUCUACUGCGCCUAUGGUUGCACUGCAUUGUCUCACUAGGUCUCAUUUUUCUUACUUCUCUUGUACAUUGUCAUUUUUUGUGCCUAUUUUCUCUAUUGCUGUAUUUUUUUCCAAACAAAUUAUUCACUGUUAAACGAUAGAUAGUUAACUGUUUAUAGGAAUGACUUUUUCCUCUACCGGUAUCUAUCUCUUACAUCCUCAUUUUUUAAGUGUAUUUUUAAGUUCUUUGCUUUGACUUGGCUUUGAACUCGGUAUUUGGACUGAUUUUCACUGUUUAAAGUUAUGGAUGAAAAGAUGUGACUAGCAUGCUUAUAAAACUCUCACCUUACAGUACACCAAUAAAGAGUCUUAUUUAUUCCU